AUGCCCUUAUGGGUUGCUCACGGUCUUGUACUAGGAGUCAGGAUCGUUAUGGGUCUGCUUUGGUGGUCACGGCUGUUCUAUGCCGUCGCAAUCCCGUACAAACGUAGGUGCGGCCAUGCCCGAACGGGUUGCUCACGGAUUCUUCGUCGGUCGUUUUCGCCGGUGGUGUCUUCGUGUUGCGUCUCGUGGGAGAUCGCUUCGGUGGUCCUUCCGUUCUUCUAUUCUUCGAACUGCGUUGAAUGUUUGAUUGAAGAAAUUAUACUGAGUGAAGAAGGUGGUUUUCGGUUAUGA